CAGUCCUGCAGUGGCGCGACUUUCAGAUUCGUGACUCGCUUUGGCGGGAGACGCAGCGGCUCGAGCAGCUCCGGCUGAUGGUCGUUUCAAACGCGUUCUGUUUUACGACGUACCGCGGUGUUUUGUUUCUAGUUUAUCUGCACAACGACUCUGGAAAGCCAACAAAUGGAUGAGUUCGGUGUUUACGCCGUGUUUGGACCACGAGAAGAAGCGCCUCGGCGGAUUGUAGAUGCUAGUAGACCUGGAAAGAGUACCGUUGCAGUGAAACCAGGUGUCCAGCAGAUCGUACUCUUCACCAGAGGAAGAUGGGACAAGUGCACAAGUGUGACAGUAGAGCUCAGUGAUGAGAAUAAUGUCCUUAUCCUUCUGGGCAAAUUAACACCAUUCAACAAAUGUUUCUCCUGGGAAUUAUGGGAGGAUGGUGCAUGGUCUAAUGGGGCAACAUUAACUGUCCAGCUUGAGGGGGUUAAAAGUGAACCUGAUGCAGCGCUUACUAUUUCACGGAAAGAAUACACUCCAGAGUGUAAUUCCGCAGAUCUUGUACCUCAAGGAGGCGUUGGCAAAAGGAAGCGAUCACGAGGUGAGGAGGAAGAGGAAGACAAAGCCAAAGGGCAGGAGAAUAUUUGCCCGAAUGCCUCAGAGAAGGCGACACCACACAGGCGAGGCAGGAACAGUCUCCGUGCGGGACAGACCCGCCUGUUCCCACGGAAAGAAGAGCAGAGUACCACUCAUACCUCUCAGAACCCUAGAACUAAGGCAAAGCAAUCCAAAACCCCCACACAGACUGCUGCUGUGGACAGUCCUUCAGGUCGCUGGGGCCAAACGCUCUGUCAAAUUGACCCCCAGACAGCUAUACUGAUUGGAGGGCAAGGUGCCAGGAUGCAGUUCUGUAAGGACCCCAUUUGGAAGCUGUGUACAGAGGACCUGUCAUGGGUGCCAGCAGAAACUUUGGCAGAGGGCCCCACACCAGAGGCCCGGAUUGGUCACACAGCGACCUACGACCCAGAGUCAAAGCGGAUCUUUGUGUUUGGCGGCUCUAAGCAUAAGAAAUGGUUUAAUGAUGUCCACAUUCUGGAUACACAGAGCUGGCGCUGGACUAUGGUGGAGGCACAAGGUAAAGUUCCUCCUCUGGCCUAUCACAGCUGCACAUUGUUCAGGGGAGAGCUCUUUGUGUUUGGAGGGGUAUUUCCCCGCCCCCACCCUGAGCCUGAUGGCUGCAGCGACUCUCUCUACAUCUUCAACCCUGAAAUGGCCAUCUGGUACCAACCUAUUGUCAACGGAGACAAGCCUGCUCCACGCUCUGGGCAUUCUGCUUGUGUGAUGCAGGGCAAGAUCUUCUUUUUUGGAGGCUGGGACACUCCUGUCUGUUUUAAUGACAUGUUUCUACUGGAUCUCUGCUUGAUGGAGUUUUCAGCAGUGCAAACAAAUGGAUCCGCUCCCUCACCAAGAAGUUGGCAUGGCUGUGCUGUCCUGUCUGAUUCCUGUUUCUUGGUCCAUGGAGGCUACAAUGGGAAUGAUGCAUUGAGUGACACAUUUAUCUUCAACACAGAUACAAGCUGCUGGACCUCACUGACACUCCCUCAGCUAACAUCAGUGCCACGAGCUGGACAUUCCAUCAUCACCAUGGCAACAGCAUGCACGAAGGAUUCCAGUGAUGAGCAGGACGAAUUUUCAGAGUCUUCCUCACAAACCAUGCUCAUAUUUGGGGGAGGAGACAAUGAAGGCAGCUUUUUCUCUGACUUAAUCACCAUGCCAGUGAAGGAUGUGUGUGAAUAAGGCUGAAUGAUUUAAAUGUUUUGUGUGUUUUUUUUUUUUGUUUUUUUUUUGUGAAUUGUGUGUGUGAAAAUUAGCCCUUUGGAGUCUGUUGCCCACUGAGUUGAAUUCAUCUCUGUUAUGAAUGGAAUAGUUGAGGUUGGAGGUGGGUGGAUCCCUGGGUGUUUCAAGUAGAAUAACUGGCUGUAAGUAGAAUAAAUACUCUGGAAAACCAAAGUGGCUUUUCUGAUCCUGUUCUGGUGACAACAGCUUUAAGACAUUUGUUUCAUUCAAGUCUGCAAAUAUUUCUUUUCAAAUGUGUACAUAAUCAUUAAAAUAUCAUUUUAGUGUGUAAAA